AUGUCGCAAAUUUUGCGCUCCGCACAGUGCCCAGUCAUGAAUGACUCCCACCACUGUGAUCCAUUCGCCUCUAUUGACAUUUUCCGCCACCCUCAUCACUGCUUGAAUCGUGUCCAAGGGACCGACAAAAGAUACAACCUCCGUCGCAGAUCCACAGAAUCCCCCUCGCCGGUUACUGAAACCGUCCUCAGACCCGGCGUCACCCCGCAGCACGAUAUUGUCCAGGUUCAAAAUCAAGAGCAGGAAGAGAGUGCAACAACAACGGUCAGGACAGAAGUAAAGUUUCCAAUCUCCGAGAAUCUACCAGGAAGAGUAUCAGUUGUGGAUGAUACAAGCCGGCAGUCUGCAUCAGCCAGAGCACCUCUUCUAGCGAACCUCGGAAUAGAGAUAUCCUCCAGAUCUACUCUUUGCUCGCCUCAAGACCCGAGCAACGAGGAAGAUCAACCAAUGACCUCCGAAACAUCAUCUGCACCCGCCCAACACAAGUCUCUUGUUGUGGGACGCACCAAACCUCGACCCGAAAUACCCCCCUCCUCGACGACAACAAUGGAAUCCCCCACCGACCAAACCCCCUCGACAGAGGCAAAAGAGACCCUUGACCAUGGGAUUCCGGAGAACUUGAAGUCCAACAGUUCGACCGACCGCCCGGCCGAUGCCCCAGUGUCUGGGAAAAAGAAGGAAAAGGCACCAAAACAACCGAAGCCACCCAAAGCAGCACCUCCUACAGCACCUCUCAGUCCUGCCCUCAUUGACCUUCGUGUCGGUCACAUUCUACGUGCGAUCCAUCACCCGAACGCAGACAGCCUGUACGUAUCGACGAUUGCCAUGGGCGACCCAGAGGGGACAGAACAUACGGAAAUUGACGAGGCAACCGGCAAGGUAGUGCGAACAGUGUGCUCAGGGCUCAAUGGGCUGGUGGCGCUGGAGGAAAUGCAGGAUCGAAAGGUCGUGGUUGUCGCGAAUCUCAAACCUGUCAACAUGCGGAGCAUCAAGUCGGCGGCCAUGGUUCUCGCGGCGUCCCCUCCGGCCGAAGAGGGUGCCGAUCCCCAUGCCACGGACCGUGUCGUCGAACUCGUCACCCCGCCCUCAGGCGCGGAGGCCGGUGAUCCGGUCUUCUUCGAGGGCUGGCCGUACGGUGAAGGUCGUGGUCCUGAGAAACAACUCAAUCCCAAGAAGAAGCAGUGGGAAGCCAUUCAGCCUGGUUUCUACACUUCGGAUGACUGUGUUGUUGGCUUUGAUGCUGGCAAGUCUGAGGUCGAGGGUGAUCAGAAAGGGACUCUUGUUGUUGAGGGUAAGGGCAAAUGUACGGUCAAGUCUCUCAAAGGGGCGGUCGUUCGGUGA